GAGAGAGAGAGAGACAUAGGCAGAGGGAGAAGCAGGAUCCAUGCAGGGAGCCCGAUGCGGUACUUGAUCCCGAUCCUGGGAUCACACCCUGAGCUGCAGGCAGCUGCUCAACCGCUGAGCCACCAGGUGUCCUCUAAUCAUUUUAUUUCUAACUGUGGACUUGUGGAUAGUUAUUUUAUACCUUGGGUUAUAAUCUCAUACUUGUUGCUCAGAGUGUUCCAGCUUUGGCCCCUGGGAGCUCUUUGAUUUACCUCCCUCUCCCAUUGUCACACUCCCAUUGGUUUGAUUGGCACCUAGGGUGCUCUCAGCUUGUUUAUGUUUCCUGCCCCAUCUUAGAAGCAGUCAUUCUUCCUGGAGCCAGGGCACAAUUUAGGUAGGAAACAGCAACAGAAGACAAGUGGAGGGGAAUCUUGUUUGUGCCUUCUAGGACAUUCUGUCCCAGCAGAAUGAGGUAUCUGGGAGGACCUGGAGGGCGGGAGGGACUUCACAGCCUACUCAUGGGAAAGUACAUUGAUUUAUUGGAUAAUUUUAAAGCACAGGAACUGCGACCCCCCAGCAGCACCAGUGCACAGUUGGCAUCUUGGUGACACUAGUCCUUCAUCCCUUUUUCUAUUUCCCUCACUGUGGUUUGCUGAGGUUUACUGAGCUUUGCAUGUACUUCUACCUAGAGGUUAAAUGUAGGUUUUCAGGGAGGAAUCCUCGGGGAUUCAAUCCUCAAUCCUAAGGAAUACUUAAUCCUCAAGUAUUAGGGCCCUUUACUGUAAGCUUGGCCAGAAAUGUCAGACAAACUUGCAGUAGGGAAAAGGUUAAUUUUCUGUUUCUGUAGAUAGAUCUCAAGUCCAAGCUGACAAAAGCCCAUUGGGUGCAUGGGUCCAGGCAGGUGGGGACCUCAGGCCUCCACAGCCCACAGCUGACCACACCUCUGCCUCCUACUAUGUGACCUUGCAGGGGUGGCUUAACUUCUCUGAGCCCGUCUGCCAGGGUGAUACUAGGUUUAAAAAAAAAAAAAAAAAGACAACUCAGAGUCCUGUUUGUGAUGAUCAAAUCAAAGAGCCAAUGAGAAGGGCUUUUGUCAAUGAUUAAGCAAUCUGUGCUGGGGACUGGCAUUCGGAUGCAGGUGCCCACGUCCUUUCCCUGCAGGGAGACAGAAGCCAGGCUGGGAAGAGCACCCUGCUAGGGCAGUUCUGGCUUCAGGACCAAGUCUCCUGCCGCCCAGAGCUGGCCUGGUAUGGGUAAUGGUGUGAAGGAGAGUACGGUGCGCGUGCGUGAGGAUGCCGAGGCCAUCCUGCCCUCACCCGUCAAUUCCAAGAGUGAUCACAGGCAAGUUCUCAGCUCCCUCCUGUCUGGGGCCCUGGCUGGUGCUCUUGCCAAAACAGCGGUAGCUCCCCUGGACCGAACCAAAAUCAUCUUCCAAGUGUCUUCAAAAAGAUUUUCUGCCAAGGAGGCCUUCCGGCUCCUCUACUUCACCUACCUCAACGAGGGCUUCUUCAGCCUGUGGCGCGGGAACUCGGCCACUAUGGUGCGCGUGGUGCCCUACGCCGCCAUCCAGUUCAGCGCCCAUGAGGAGUACAAGCGCAUCCUGGGCCGCUACUAUGGCUUCCGCGGGGAAGCCCUGCCCCCCUGGCCCCGCCUCCUUGCAGGUGCACUGGCUGGGACGACAGCUGCUUCUCUGACCUACCCCCUGGACCUAGUCAGAGCGAGGAUGGCCGUGACCCCAAAGGAAAUGUACAGCAACAUCUUUCACGUUUUCAUCCGCAUCUCCCGAGAAGAGGGCCUGAAGACCCUCUACCAUGGGUUCACGCCUACCGUGCUGGGGGUCAUUCCCUACGCGGGGCUCAGCUUCUUCACCUAUGAGACACUCAAGAGCCUGCACAGAGAGUACAGCGGCCGCCCACAGCCCUACCCCUUUGAGCGCAUGAUAUUUGGGGCGUGUGCCGGCCUCAUCGGGCAGUCAGCCUCGUACCCGCUGGACGUGGUGCGGCGGCGCAUGCAGACAGCUGGGGUCACGGGUCACCCACACGCCUCCAUCAUGCACACGCUGCGUGCCAUCGUGCGAGAGGAGGGCGCCGUGCGUGGCCUCUACAAGGGUCUGAGCAUGAACUGGCUCAAGGGCCCCAUCGCUGUGGGCAUCAGCUUCACCACCUUUGACCUCAUGCAGAUCCUGCUGCGGCACCUGCAGAGCUAGGGAUCCUGCAGGCCAGCUGCUCUCGAGACAGGGAGCCAAGCUUCAGCGUGCAGUGGACCACUGACCCCUUUUGUCUCUGAGCCUGUGGAGCGAGGGUGCGCUUGGUUCCACCCUGGGAGCCACGUCGGAGCACCUUGUAGAACAAGCUGGGGGGCCUGGCCUCGGUCCCAAAAGCCAGCAACCCUGGAAGUGCAAUGUUGGGACUGGUGGGCAGGGGCUCUCACGCUCUCCCCAUCCCUCCUCCCCAGGGCUGGCCCUGUCUUCUGGAGGCAUUGUCCUCAAUGCCCUGAGCUGGGAGUGACCAGUGCCACCUCUCGGCGCUCUGUGACCUGGGACAUGCUCCUGAUUCUAGUGACCGCAUGCCACAGGGCGCAGAGCCAGACUCUCUGUCUGCCCCUGUGCUCACAGAUGGGAGGGAGCCCCAGAGUGUACACAGAUGCCUGGCCUUCCGAGCCCAGCCAGCUCAGCUGGGGUGAUACAUACAGCCUUUAGUCCCCCUUCCCAUCCUCCCCCCAACCUGUCCUGCCUUUGCCAUUACUUCCCAGGUGACAUGACUCCUCUGUCACCAGAGCCUCCUGCUCGGGAACAGCCUUCUCCCAAGAGUAUUAUUUGGAUCCUGGACUCUGUGGCCAAAGUAGGACCCUAGGAGUGGGUUCUCCCCUCUGUUGCCUGCUCACCUGGUUUGUAAUGUUCCCGGGAGGGUCGCACCUCCUCCAGGCAGCAGGGUUUGAGCAAUUGCCAUGGGUUUGCGUCUGAGUCCUAAUCUGGAGGCAUCUGCUGAAAAUUGGGGACCCAGGUCACCUCCUCUGGGCCAGGAAGCUUCUACCCCUGUCCCCCAGGCCACACCAACAGAGGUGAGGCCUCAGGCCCCAAUCCUCGGACCCUGGGCACAGUGGCUCCUGGGGGGGGGACCUGUGGCGUUUGGCAUGUCCCUGGCUCCCCACCUGAGUGGGCGCUUGGCCAGGACAUGGGGCGGUUUCUGGUGCAUGGGGUUAUCUGAUUUCUGUGAACAGAAUGCAUGGAGGCAACUGGCAGCCUUUGUCUUCCCCACAUAGGAGCCCCUGAACAGCGUGUGGCCUGAGGGUAGGAAGCCCGGGGGGGUGGAGGCCCUGGGGUCUGCCAGGUGUCACAGGGACGCAGAAACACCCGUUUCCAAAUGAUAUUUGGAGUUUCUUGAUUUCUUUUGGUUUUGCUUUUCAAUCCGGCUGGUGCUGGGUCUAGUCACCAUAAACCCUGACCGGCGCAAUCCGGUUCCCAGGUGGAGUAACCAGAGGGUGACCAGAUAGCUCUGCAGCCACGUGGCGUGUUUGCACCACGCACAUUUCCAGUUGUGACUUUCAUCUCUCCCUUGUGUUCUGUCUCAUUUGUGUUCUUGACCUGGACCUGCAGGUGUGUAGACCCUUCUCUCUGUCCUUCCUUGCAUGUGUCCACCUGCCAGCCUGAGUCUCAUCCCCUGGGUCCCACGGCUGUUCUGUUGGGUGGGCUUCCCACCUCCUCUCCCUGCCUUGCCCAGAAGAGGCAGGAGAGGCAGGGACCCCUCACAGAGAGACGGUGUGGGGACCUGGGGGCCCACCCCAGGCAAGUGAAACCAGAUGAAUGGUUGGGUGGCACCCCCUCUGAGCCGCAGGCUGGGUCACCGAGGGGAGGGCCCCAGGUCCUGCCGGCCCCCCGUGUGCCCCCCGACGGUGGCUGUCAGCCGGGUGGGCCUCGGGGCUCCUCCCACCCCCAGCCCCGCACACAGCUGGGUUUGUGCCCGCUGCGGCCACACCCCUCCCACUGGUGUCCACCCUGAUUUGGAGUUACAUUUUGAUGCCAUGAAGACACUUUGUUUAUAUAUAAUGUUUAUAUAUUUUAAAGAUUUGUGCCAAGAGAGUAUAUUUAAUAAAAAUUAAAAUGAC